AUGCUGGUGGGCGAGCUCUGGGAGUGCCUGGGGUGCUCGACGGCGAAGGGGCUUUCCAAGCCCAUCCCCAACAAAACGUCGACCCGAGCAGUUAAGAAACUGCAGCGAGUUUUCGUGGAUUUGAGUGGAAAAGCUAGGGUGCAGAGCUUGGGGGGAAAGUGGUACACUCUCAUUGUCAAGGAUGAUUACACAAGGUGGAACCGUGUCUAUUUCCUGAAGCACAAAUCAGACGCAGCUGAGGCAUUCGAGAGAUACCUUGCCGAAAACCGGGCAAACGGUGCCCCGUCCGAUGUCAUGGUCGUGAGAUCUGACAACGGAGGAGAGUUCUUUGAGGGAGAGUUCGGCAGGGUGUGCCGGAAGUACUGCAUCAAACAGGAGUUCACCCCCGCACACAGCCCAGAAUACGAUGGAGUAGCUGAGAGAGCAUUGGGUCUGAUCGAGGAUGCAGCACUAGCCGCCCGUAUCCAAGCGCCAACUCUUUACCCCGGAGCACCGAACUACCCAUCCCUUUGGGCCGAGGCCAUAGCUUGGUCAUGCAACGCCCUGAACUGCACCUCCACCACAUCCAACCCAGAGAAGAAGUCGCCGUACGAGAUGUGGCACGGGCACCCUCCCCCGCCGGGGGCGACGUACCCGUUCCUCAUACCUGCCGUAUACAAGGUCAAGCGCACGCACAAGUCCGAGCCGAAAGAAUAAAAGUGUUUUAACCUCGGCCCGGUAAUCAACACCAACCGUGA